CUAAAUUUGUAGUUGACUUCAACACUCGGGAACGAGUGAUAAUUGACGACUCGCAUCGGAUAAUUUCAGCUACUAACCGCAAGCAUUCCCCUGUGUCAUCCCACUAACUGAAGCCACACAUGCUCUAAACCCACCUGUCCUCAAGCUCCGUCCACCUCUCACCGUAACCAACAACCACCACCACAUUCACGAUGCACGCCUCCAAAGUGCGCGUUCAAAACGUCUUUGGCUUCUUCACGACCGUCGCGUUCUGUGUGGGGAUCCUCACGGCGCUCAGCGUACUGCUCUACCCGGCAUCUCCCACCGCAUCCGUCGACGUCGUCAAGGUCCGCGUCGUCAAGGGCCGUCCAAACUACUACUCGUCAAAGCAGCAGGAAUAUGCUUUCAUCACUUUCGAUCUGGACGCGGAUCUGGGAUCCCUCUACACUUGGAACACGAAGCAGGUGUUCGCCUGGCUGAGCGUCUCCUACGCCGGCGACGAGAAGCGCACUAAGCACUCGGACAACGAAGUAAUCAUCUGGGACGCGAUCCUGCCCACCCCCUCCGUCUCGCGGCUGUCGCUGCGCAACGAAAAGGCAAAAUACAACAUCAACGACAUUGGCGGACGCUUCCUGGAGCGCAAUGCUACCGUCCGCUUCGGCUGGAACGUGCAGCCGCAUGUGGGCGCGCUGACGUGGGGCGUUGUCGAGGCGGAGGGUGUAGUCGAGGAAGGGGAUCUGGAGAGGGGCGAGGGGCAAGGGGUGAAAGGGAAGCGGGGAGAGGGGUGGAGCUUUAAGUUUCCGCCGAUCGGUGGGAAGAAGACGCCGGCUGUGAAUAAGGAAAAUUCUACAUAGCUCGUAGGAGGCGCGGAAUGGGGGCUUGUGAGGGAGGAUUUCGGCAGUCCACGUUCGUUGGGGGGUAGGAAAUUGAAUGAUACCAGUUUCGUCGUGUUGCUGGGGUGGUGAUAUCGUGGCUAUCGUGUCGUUCGAAGGUGGUUGCUGUGUAGUCGCGACUUGACUCUUGGAAU